CCGUCCUCCACUCCUCCAUCGCCGUCGUCUCCAGCCCCGGUCGUCGUCGUCUCCAGCGUCUCCAGCCCAGCCGCGUCGUCUCCAGCCCAGCGCCGCCGCCACCGGUCGUCGUCUCCAGCCCAGCCGCCACCGGUCGUCGUCUCCAGCCCAAAGCCGGUGCCCACGCCGUCCGUCGCCGCUGCCCAGGCCUUCCUCCGUCGCCGCUGCCCACGCCGUCGCCGCUGCUCACGUAGGUAUACAAAUUCAUGGCCGGGGCCGGCGAUCACACAGAUCCAAUGGUAGAGGAGCCUUCAAGGCAAACAGAGUCUAACAAAGUGCGUAAAGUAAGAGGAGCUACAACUUGCAAUAAAAUGAAAAAGAAGAAGCCAGAUGAUGAGACUAUGUUAAUUGAGUUCGAUAACCUGAAUAGGCCUAUUGGCCCAAAUGCAAGGAAGUACUCAAAUUACCUUGGCAUUUUGGUUCGUACUCACAUAGACAUUAACAUUGAUAAAUGGUCUCAAGUCUCAAGCGGGGUUAAAGAAACGGUUUGGUAUGAUCUUAAGAAAGAGUUUAAUAUCUCUGAUGAAGAAAAAAGUAAUAUUUUGGAGCAUGCGAGGAAACGUUGGAAAGAUUUCAAAUCAAGAUUGGUGCGUGAAUUCAUCAAUAAAAAGCACCAUAUAUAUAGCUCUCCCGUAGAGUUAUAUAGCUUCAUGACUGAACAACAAUGGCAGAAAUUUGUAGAAAAUCAUCAAAGUGAAGAGUUCAAGGCCAAAAGCCAAAAGUUUAGGGAGUUGCAAGCGCGAAAUGAGCAUCCCCACUUUUUAGGACCUAGGGGCUAUGUUGGAAUGCAAGCUGAGUGGAUGAAAUGCGACCCAUUGUCUUCACAGUCUUCUUGUGCUGCUAUUACAUCGACCAUAGCAUCUAAUGAUCGUAGUUUGGAUUGGGUUCGAGCGCGAUCUAAAAAAUCUGAAGAUGGAAGUUAUUACAUUCCCAACGAAAAAACAAAGGGAGUGUUUGAUAGAAUUGUCGAGAAGUGUGAAGAGAUAAGUCAAGGCUCAUUCCAACCAAACAGACAAAAUGAUAUAUUGACAUCAGCUAUUGGCACCAAUGAGUACGGUGGCUAUGUGAGAGGUGUUGGAGUGCACGCCAAAAUCCGGGAUGUGUUUGGUAAACCGGAUAGCAUAAGUCGUGGGAAAUCAGCUGGGGUUGUUUCAGUUAGUGAUCUUGAGGAGAUUGUGGAGAAGAAAAUUUAUGAGAAAGUGGCUGAAAAGAUUAGAAAACAAACAAUGGAAGAUAUGCAAUCUAAGUUAGAAAUAAUGCAGUCUCAGCUUGAAAAUAUGAUCAAGAAUGCACAAGCAAGUCCAAUGGUUGGCACACCAAUUCGGAGCAGUUGUCAUUCUAUUGAUCCAUUAAACAACGUUCAGGAAAAUCCAAAACAAACAACAAUGAUGAAUUUUGAAAGUGGGGAUCAAUCUACUGUAGAAUUACGACCACUUCUUGUUGAUGAUGAUACACUGCAGCACUUGGGAGAUGAAUCCAAAAAAUUGGUCAGGCAUCUUAAAUACUUGCCUUCCAAUUUAGAUUACAUUGACGUGGACCUAGAGAAUGCAAUCUUCCAUCAUUCACAUGUGGAGUUCAUUCACGUGUUGUUUGAAGAUAUUAAAGACAUGUUCACGAUGCAAUGGCUUGAUGUGACCAUAAUACAAAUAUUUAUGUUAUGUCUUCAUCGGAUGUGCAACAGAAUUGGAGUGACUACAAUUGGAUUUCUCUGUCCAAGGACUAUUUCUAGAGACAAUGUAGUUAAGAAUUCUGAUGAGGUCACACAAUAUCUUUUGCAUGCCCUGGAUCAAUUGAAGGAUCGAAAGUUCAUUUUAGCACCAUACCAUCAAGAAAAUCAUUGGAUGCUUCUAGUGAUUUUUGUUCAAUCAAGAAAAGUCUAUGUAUUAGACUCUCGUGCAUGUAAGCGCGAGUUGGAGAUUAAGCCCACAUUAAAUGUGGUAUUUCGAUCGGUUGUAAAUUUAGGAGGGAGAAGACCUAAAAACAACGUUGCUUGGGAUGAAAUUGAGUCUCCUCAACAACCGGGUGGUGUGGAGUGCGGAUAUUAUGUGAUGAGAUACAUGUAUGAAAUAUGCACUCUAUAUUCUGAUUUUGAACAUUUAGACACGGCAUUUGAUGCAAAGCCUUACUCACAAGAACAAAUUGAUGAGAUUUGUGAGGUUUGGUCUAAAUAUUUUAUUGAAGAAUGCAUAUAACUUUGAAAUGUUAAGAACUUUCAUUUGAAUUGUUGAGAACUUAGAAGUGUUGUGAAUUUAUGCAUUGAAGUGUUGGUAAUGAAGUUUAGUUUACUUUUUGUUGAGAACUUUGAAGUGUUGUGAAUUUUGGCAUUAAAGUGCUAAAGUGUUAGUAAUGAAGUUUAGUUUACUUUGUGUUUAAA